UCUAUUUAUUACUUCACAAAGCAGGCAACAAUUGGUUUUUGAUCAAGAAUGCAAAAUGGAUUAUUUGUCGUGAACUAGCCAUAGACAGGAAGAUCUAGUGUCACUCUUUUGCCCUUUGUUGAAAUGGAAGCUCCCAAACAGACUAUCUCCUUGUCCAAAGAUGCCUGAUGGUUGUUUAGCUAAGAAGAGAACACUGAAUGACUUUCAUGUUUAGUGUGGACAGGUUUGAUUUCUGUGAACUUGCAUUGUAAACUGCUGCAGUUGUAACAGAACCUCAAAGUAAUCCUGGGUUGUGCUUGUUUCCCAAUUCCUCUUUCAACCUGAUCAGAACACACCAAUUCCUGUACGACACAGAAGGUCCCGCUCUGCAGGUGGCAGAUGGGUAGAUCAUAAGCCUGCCUCGAAUGUGCAAACUGAGACAGUCAUGCAGCCACAUGUCCCUAAUGCCAUCACAGUGUCUGUUGCAAGUGAAAAGGCGCUAGCUAAGUGUGAGAAGUACAUGCUGACCCACCAGGAACUAGCCUCCGAUGGGGAGAUUCAAACUAAAGUAAUUAAGGGAGAUGUAUUUAAGACGAGAGGUGGUGGACAAUCAGUUCAGUUUACCGAUAUUGAAACUUUAAAACAGGAAUCGCCAACUGGUAGUCGGAAACGAAGAUCGUCCACACUAGCCCCAGCCCAACCAGAUGGUACAGAGUCUGAAUGGACGGAUGUAGAAACAAGGGUAGGGGGAAAAAUUAAAUACUUGCUUGCUAAUAUUAGCUACAUAAUGCUGAGCACUAAUGCUCUUUGAAGAUGCUGAGGCAAAGCCACAAAGUACCCAUGCAGCCUGGAAGCCUGUAACUAACAUUCUGGU